GUGUGUGUGUUGGGGGGAGUGAAUGGUGAAUGUAGUGCAAUGUACAGAGAGAGAGAGAAUGAAUGGAGAAGUGGUGCGGUGCCGAUUGCCGAACACCACAUUUAGCACUGAAGAGGAGAACAGAUGAUACGAGUAGUUUCUUUUUCUCCUCCCCUUCUUCUUCUUCUUCUUCGUCUUCUUCACUUCCUUUGAAAAGGAGAGAAAAAUGCUGGGAAUUGUGCUGCAGUGUGGUGCAUGCAUGCCAUCUGGGGUGUGGUGGGGAGGGAUUGGAAGGAACAGCAAGGAAGUGGGAGGAAAAAGGACGAGAGAGAGAGAGAAACAGAAGCAAGAGAGAGAAUAGCACAUAGUGAGGUCAGCUCUGUUCUGCCGCGUGCUCUAAAAAGUGAAGACUGCUCUGGGGUAGUAGGAAAAACCGCUGCAAUCCUUAACAGAAAGUGCCUUGUCUGACAACAUCCCUACUUGAAGCUUGCUGGCUGUCCACGCACGUCACAGUGCUUUUUUUUUGGUGAUCUUCUGAGCUCUUUCACGGAAAACUAUCUCACCCUUCUAAACCUCCUGCCGUAGUGUCUACUACAUCUGUGUGCCCGCCUCAGUCAUCGCAAUAAAAACACACACACACACAAGCUGCUGUGCACGAGACGAGACGAGACUAAACCCUGGUGGAAAAAACAUCUCGAGAUUCCCGCCAGAGGAUUUGGCAGCCACAGCACUGAGAGAGAGUGAGGAGAGUGAAACCCGGUCAUCAUCAUCAUCAUCGGCACACAGCUACCAUCACCACCACCACCGCAAGUCCGCCGCCGCCCCCCCGGAGCCCCCUCCAUCCCCCGUCCCCCAUCCCCCACACACUGAACACGUAUUACUCCCCUCCCCUGAAGGAGAACCAGCGCUCUGAAAAUAGCGUCAGCCAACUCCCUUGUGGCCGCCCCUCCCAUAACCCCUCAUCCACUCCUCUUCCUCCUCUCCUCCUCCUCCUCCUCCUCCUCCUCCUCUUUCCUCUCUUCCGUCUCCUUGCCCCCCCCCACCGCACAGAAAAGGACAUUUGAGGAAGGUGUGGGGUUGAGUUGACAACCGGUCUCUGUCUCUCUCUCGGUCUCUGUCUCUCUCUCUCUCUCUCUCUCUCUCUCUCUCUGUCUCUGUCUCUCUCUCUCUCUCUCUCUCUCUCUCUGUCUCUGUCUCUGUCUCUCGUUCUCCCGCCACACUACGAGCAUGUCCUCUCUGUCCUGCCACCGGCCUUCUGCUGAGUGACGGAUGACUGUUAUGCUGGCGAUUGUCAGUUCUGCUUAAAGCAGCCAUCUCCCAUGUUGCAGCCACAGGGAUCGUGAAGCCGCUGACACCCCUGUCUGUUGUCUGUUGUUUUAUUGUUUUUCAGAGGGUUCUGCUUGGUUUGAAAACUCACAUGCAUUCGUUUUUAUCCAACCUAUUUUUGGCAUCAACCGGAACACAUUUGGGUCAACUCUAUGUAAUGUGACGGGUGUUUUUUUUUUCUUUUUGGAUAACCGUCUCAGUUUUUGACCCCCUCUCCACACACUUGAAUACUACGGACGUACACAGAUACGUCUCCCAACGUCUUUUCUUCCCCCUGUAAGCACCUUGUUUUCAAGCGACUGGUACUAGCCCUUGCUUCACCACACCAACCCCCAGCUCCUGGCUAUGGCUUUGAACAUCGCCUCCAUACGAGACACAAAAUGGCUGACCCUGGAGGUGUGCCGCCAGUUCCAGAGGGGCACCUGCUCGCGUAGCGACGAGGAAUGCAAAUUCGCCCACCCGCCCAAAAGCUGCCAGGUGGAGAACGGCAGAGUGAUCGCCUGCUUUGACUCCCUAAAGGGCCGGUGUACAAGAGAAAACUGCAAGUACCUCCAUCCUCCGGGACACCUGAAGACGCAGCUGGAGAUUAACGGGCGCAACAACCUGAUCCAGCAGAAGACGGCGGCCGCCAUGCUGGCCCAGCAGAUGCAGUUCAUGAUCCCCGGCACCACCAUGCAGCCCGUGCCUACGUUCCCGGUGAGCCAAGGUCUGGGCUCCAGCCCCGGCUUGAGCUACGCGCCGUACCUGACGCCCAUGAGCCACGGCAUGGGCCUGGUUCCCACGGAGAUGCUGCCCAGCACCCCAGUCAUCAUGCCCUCCAGCCCCCCCGUCGGCGUCCAGCAGGCCUCCUCCUCCUCCACGCAGAAGCUGCUGCGCACAGACAAGCUAGAGGUGUGUCGCGAGUUCCAGCGGGGCAACUGCGCGCGGGGCGAGACGGACUGCCGCUUCGCCCACCCCAGCGACAGCCCCAUGAUCGACACGAGCGACAACACGGUCACCGUGUGCAUGGACUACAUCAAGAGCCGCUGCUCGCGCGAGAAGUGCAAGUACUUCCACCCGCCCACGCACCUGCAGGCCAAGAUCAAGGCAGCCCAGCACCAGGCCAACCAGACGGCCGUGGCCGCCCAGGCAGCUGCAGCCGCAGCCAUGUGGAACAGUGAAGGAUACAGUUUGGGGCGUGGUUACUCAAACUACGCAGCCAUGACUCAGUCGACUGCCAAAGCAAUGAAGCGACCCCUCGAGACAACUGUAGAUCUGGCCUUCCCCCAUAGUAUGCUGCAGCCACUACCAAAGAGGCCGGCCCUGGAGAAGAGCAACGGGGCGGCCACCGCUCUCUUCAACCCCAGCAUGUUGCACUACCAGCAGGCUUUGGCCAACGCGCAGCUCCAGCAGCCCGCACAUACCUUCUUUCCCACAGGUUCAGUCUUGUGCAUGACUCCUGCUAGCAGCAUUGUCCCCAUGAUGUACAGUGCUACGCCUGCUACUGUCUCCGCAGCAACAACGCCUGCCACAAGUGUGCCCUACGCAGCAGCCGCACCAGCCAAUCAGAUCAUCCUGAAGUAGAGCACAUGAGGAGAGCUCUGUGUCAACACGCUGCAUUACCAAGCCCAAAACAGCCCACCUGUAAAUACCACUACCACACACCAAUAGACCUACAG